GUAAUAUUAAAAUUUAUAUCGCACAUCACUGUCUUAUCUUAUAGGGUAUCGCCGAGCAAGAUGAGUGUUUCAGGUAAACUCGCAGGAAAAAUUGCAAUUAUUACUGGUGCAUCUUCUGGAAUAGGUGCUGCAACUGCCUUAUUGUUUUCACGGUGUGGAGCGAGUCUGGCUUUGACAGGUCGCAAUAUUGAGAAUCUUCAGACUGUUGCUGAAAAGUGCAGUGCUGGUGAUACUACAAACAAGCCUCUCACCAUACAGGCUGACUUAAACAACGAAGCAGACACAAAGCGUAUCAUUGAUGAGACUAUCAAGAAAUAUGGACAAUUGGACAUUCUAGUAAAUAAUGCAGGCAUCUUAGAAAUGGGAUCCAUACAGAACACAUCUUUGGACCAGUACGAUCGUCUCAUGAAUACCAAUGUUAGAUCCAUCUACCACUUGACAAUGCUGGCAACUCCCCAUCUGAUUGAAUCACAGGGUAACAUUGUCAACAUCUCCAGUGUUAAUGGAAUUAGAGCUUUUCCUGGUGUUCUUGCAUACAACCUCUCAAAAGCUGCAGUUGAUCAAUUUACACGUUGUGUUGCCUUAGAACUUGCAGACAAGAAAGUACGAGUCAACUCUGUCAACCCAGGUGUUGUAAAAACAGAACUCCAGAAACGAGGUGGUCUUGGGCCAGAGGCUUAUGCUGCAUUCCUUGAACGCACAAAACAAACCCAUGCUCUUGGUCGUCCUGGAGAGCCUGAAGAGGUGGCAGCAACGAUUGCAUUCCUGGCCUCAGAUGAUGCCUCCUUCAUCACUGGUGCAUCUGUCCCAGUUGAUGGUGGCCGCCAUGCUAUGUGUCCACGAUAACUUAGUGUGUUUACAUUGUUGAAAGGGGGGAAUAAUUUUCAUGAUCUACUUAGUUCUUGUUUAUCUCAGAUAAAAAUAUAUUGUUUAAUACUUACUAACACAGUAAUGAGCAAGAAAAGAAAAAGCUAUCACUCCUCAUAUAGAUGUGAGAAAAGUCCAGAAGUCCUGUAUUCAGAAUAUUAAAAACAAAAUUUCACACCUACAUAUCAUAAGAUUGGAAAAGGUCUACUUUUCUACAUAAUUGCCCAGCUUUUCAAACCACUUGGUCCAGCUGAGUCCACAAAGAGCAAAUGACAGCACUUUGCUCUUCUUGAGUGCAAGUUGAAAGUGGUGUGGCCAUGUGUACAGUGCAAUUACUCUACAACUGAACAACCAAGUAGGAGUCUACUCUCAGUGAGUGCAGUACCACUGAUGUCUAGCACAUAAUUGUGGAGAAAAAAAUAUAUUUUUUACUUUCCUUGUAUAGUAUAUAAAUUUUAUCAUAAAAGAAAGGCAAUAAAAUUGGUGUAGUAUACAGGGCAAUGGCUGCUGAUGUGAGAACUCCAAAUUACAAGAAACUAAAGAUGAUUUAAAGAAGUUAAUUACUGUAUAUGAUUCUGUGCACUAUUUUCAGAAGAUGUUACCUUUUUAUUGAGUUUAUGAGGCAUGUUGAAGAAGCAAAAUAUAUAAUUUAGAUUUUAUGAAGGAGUAGGUUAUUGAAUGAUCUAAUUAAGAUUUUUUUAAUGAAACAAAUGAUAGUUUUAAGUAGAAAAAUUUACAAUGAAUAAAAUAAAGCAUGAAAAGUGUAAAUACACUGUACACGAAGAAAAAAUUCUUAGGAUCAAUAAUUUUGAAAAUGAAGAGACAACUUAAUGGCUCAUUUUGAGUAUAGGUUUGAUCUUUAGAGAAUUUGGGAAAGUAUUGAAUGUUGAUCCCCAUUUCUUGCAAGUUUCUCACCCUAGAAUAUUACAAGAUUUUUUUUAGACGAAUUUGUACUGUAGUUGUUUACGUAUAUGGGAAUAGAAUUUAUGUAAUAGAAAAAUUAAACAUGUGUAAAUAAAAGAAUCACAAUAAAAUCAGAAA